AUGGCAAGUAAUACUCAAUCUUCUCAACAGUCAGAUGCAUCUAAUGUUAGUUCAGAUGCACCUGAGGAUGAUAUAUUUAGAAUUUUGGUGGCUACCGAUAUUCAUUUGGGAUACAAUGAGAAGGAUGCAAUUAGAGGAGACGAUAGUUUUCGUGCUUUUGAAGAAAUUUUGGAAAAAGCACAAAAAUUAGAAGUGGAUUUUGUACUUCUUGGUGGUGACUUAUUUCACGAUACCAAACCAAGUCCAUAUUGUAUUUUUAAAUGCACAGAAUUGCUCAGGAAAUAUUGCUUGGGCAAUAAACCAAUAGAAAUUGAGUUUCUGUCAGAUCAAGCAGCUGCUUUUAAAGGCAAUACUUCCCUAAGUGUUAACUAUGAAGACCCCAACUUGAAUAUCGCAAUACCUGUCUUUUCCAUUCAUGGUAAUCAUGAUGACCCAUCAGGCCCAAAAUUAAUUUCUGCCAUGGAUCUAAUCAGUAGCACUGGAUUAGUAAAUUACUUUGGUCGUGUCACUGAUUUAAAGAAAAUUGAUGUUGAACCAAUUCUGCUUAGAAAGGGGGAGACACAAUUGGCUUUAUAUGGGAUGUCACAUGUAAAAGAUGAGAGAUUGGGUAGAAUGUUUUUGGAUGGAAAAGUUAAAAUGAUGUCACCACCAGACAUAAAAGAAUGGUUCCAUUUAUUAGUUUGGCAUCAAAAUCGAGCUAACAGAGGGGUGAAAAAUUUUAUCCCUGAUAAAACAUUGCCAGAUUUUUUGGAUUUGGUUAUUUGGGGCCAUGAACACGACUGCAAAAUUGUGCCUGAAGGUACUGAUAAAGGGGUUUGGAUUUGUCAACCUGGGAGCUCAGUUGCCACGUCUUUGGCUGAAGGAGAAUCAAUUAAAAAGCAAAUUGGGUUCUUAAGGGUUUACAAAAAGAAAUUUGAUAUGCAGCCCAUUACUUUGACUACUGUAAGGCCAUUUAUGUUCAAACAAAUAGAAUUAAAAGAACUUGAAACUGGGGACACCUAUGACAUUUAUCAAGAAAAAUCUGUUCAAAUUAUUAAUAAUACUUUGGAAGAAAUGAUUGAAGCAGCCAAACAUACAGAAUGCAGUUUGGAUCUUUUGCCACUAAUUAGAUUAAGGGUGUUGUAUACAGAUGAACUGCCAUCAUUUAACGCUAUAAGAUUUGGUCAAAAGUUUGUAGACAGAGUGGCAAAUCCGGAAGACAUAUUAAAACUAUUGCCAAAACAAAAAAUUCGUAAAGGCACCAACGAAAAAAUUACCUUAGGAACUUGCUCACUUGAAGAUAUGGAAGAAUGGGCCACCAGAGUGGAAGACAUUGUACUCAAAUAUUUUGAAACUGAAAAGUUAAGUUUGUUGCCUGUUAAGGGCCUAACAGAGGCUGUUACAAAAUUUAUUGAUGCAAGUGAUAAUGAUGCCAUUAUUGAUUAUGUUGAGUUCCAAAAAAAACAACUUUUAGACAAAAUGAUUAAAGAAGAUCCAGACUCUAAUGAUAUUGAGGUAUUUGUAGAGGAAUAUGUUAGAAGCAAGGAGAUAGAUAAUAGGGAUAUAGAGGAGGCUGCCAACAUCCUUAAUGACAUAAAACGUCAAAAUAAUCGCAGAAAGGGUAGCAAAAACAGCGAUGAAUCUUUAAUUUCCGAUGACGAUGAUGAUGUGAAACCAUCGGUGUCAACUCUAAAUUCAUCUGGAUCAAGGCCGCUUACAGGACCGGGUUCCAGAGGUGGAAAAGGAUCUAGAGGCGGUAAAGGCUCCAGAGGCGGACGGGGCAGCCGCGGAGGAAGAGGCAAAAACCCGCUUUUUUAA